AUGCAGGUGGAGAAUGUACCGCGAGGCCUGUUGUGGAACAUAGUACUGGUGAGCUUUUUGUCAUGUGGGCUGGAGGUGUGCGUGGCUACAGGAACCAUCUACAUCCCACCGCUGCUGUUACAAGCUGACGUGGAGAAACUCUACAUGUCUGUGCUGCUUGCUGUGGGUCCACAUCUGGGCUUUAUUUGUUUACCAAUAAUUGGUUCGGCCAGCGAUUCAUGGCAAGGCCGUUUUGGUAAACGACGGCCCUUCAUUUGGAUGCUGGGCCUGGGAGUUUUGCUUGGCCUGCAAAUCAUGCCACAGGCCUGGCGCCUGGCUGCACUGAUGUGCCCACAGAGCCCAUACUGGCUGCAAGCUGUGGACAGACUUGGCCUUUCACACACCGUGGUGGUGGCCCGGCUGUCAGACAUGUUCCGCAGCCAGGAGGAGAGCUGCAUAGCAUUCUCUGUGAACUCCUUGAUGAUCCGCCUGGGAGGAUGUCUGGGAUUUGCUUUGCCUGCUGUGGACUGGAGGCACACACACAUAGCAACAUAUCUGGGAGGCCAGGAGGCCUUCAUCUACACUCUCCUCACCUUCUUCUUCCUCAGCUGCCUCGUCACUACCAUCUUUAUCCCGGAGGAGACGGGGAGCAGAGGAAACAGAGAUGCUGGCCUCAGCACUUCAAAGAGCCUGAGCAGCAGAAGCUGCCCUGACUUAUUCCUGCACUGGCUUCUCUGUUUCCAUGCUGCACUGAGCCAGUGUGUAGGGGCUUGCAUGUCGGCGUUACGUUGUGCCUGUGCAGAGUGUUUGCAUGUUCCAGCAGUCAUAUGGAGACUGUUUGCGGCGGUGAUGUGCAGCUGGAUGGCGCUCAUGAGUAUUGUGCUUUUUGUUUACUGACUUUAUGUCGGAGGGAUUGUAACGGGGAGGCCGGGUGCAGUCCCAGAGACACAGGACAGGAGGAACUAUGAUAAAGGUGUGCGCAUGGCCAGUCUGGGUCUCUUCCUGCAGGGUGUGGUGUCGUUGCUGUGCUCAGUGGUAAUGCCGCUGGCUCUGAUGGGACCCAAGAUGGUGAACUAUACUGGUAUGGCUCUGCUGGUGCUCACCACCGCUGUCAUGAGUGAGUCAGACAGCGUGAUAACCGUCACUGUCAUGGUGGCUUGGACAGGAUACAUGCGUGCCAAGGUCGUGCCAUACACACUGCUGUGCCUCUAUCACUUAAACCAACAGUUGCAGCUCCUGCUGGCAAUAUAUCUUGGCUCAACAGUGCAGCUGGUGAACAGUGUGAGUGCCUACAUGGUCUCUGCCUGCUGCUUCAGCCUGCUGGCAUUGCUCUGCUCCACCAGGGUCAUCUACAGCCUCACUCACCUCCCUUCCAUCUCUCCAGCAACCCUCAGGAUAUAA